CCGAUUAUUGAAUAUAUACGGUCACCUAACCCCAACCCACCCCCCGUCAAUAGAUCAUAGCUAUAUGAAUACGACCAUUUCUUAAUUUCUCUCUGCUCAUUCAUUCUAUCAUCCCUCACUAUACACUACUUUCUCCAUCGUCAUUCUCCAUCACUACCUCCUUGUGUGCAGUGCACAUAUAUAUCUGACCUCCUGGUCCUGAUAGAUCGAUCAACCUCCUACACACACACAUACAUAUAUAUAGAACACGAAGUCCUUGUGCGCCCCAGCACAUACGGUACUGAUAUCCUAAAUGGUCCCGAUCAACAUGGCAUUUACGACAAUUAGUGAUCGGGCAACCCGAGCCAGCCUUCUUCUUAUUCUCCUCCUUCAGAUUUCGGUGACUGGAAAAGGAUCAUCUGAUGGUGUCAAUAAUGCUACUAUCUCCAAGAAGGUGGACGACGUGGACCAACAGGCUGGUACAGAAGGAGGUGUAGUCAAUUGCGGGACGUGCCCUUGCUUGAACCCUUGUGGGCAGCAGCAGCUACCUCCCCCUCCACCUCCACCUCCACCUCCACCUCCCCCGACGACAUCACUGCCACCUCCCCCGCCAGCUACAGCAUACUGUACUCCGUCAAUUCCUCCACCUCCGAGGUUCAUCUAUACGACAGGCGUACCAGCAAACGGCCUGUACACUACUGAUACUAGCGAUGAGAAUGCUUGGGACUAUUUCUACUCAGGAGCUGCAGCACGAAGUACAAGACUUUUGAUUUUGAUUCAGAUCAUGGUGUUUGCAGUCAUCAUGGUGAUAUUAAGAUAUGGAAUGCUUCUGCUGAUGGCGAUAGCAUUACCGAAUCAACAAUUGCCGGUAUCAAUGUCGCAAUCUUCUCUGCCUCAACAGACAUCACCAUACCCCAACGAAUGUCCCUAUCCUUGUCUUCCACAGCCUACCGCCAUCCCACCAGAUACUACUAUCUGCCCGCCCUCAGCUCUCCUGCCACCACCGCCGCCUGCACAGCCAUCAACACAGCCUCCUCCUGUCUCCCAGUCUCAUGCUCCUUCCUACUUCUACCCGCCCAAUGGUGACGGCUAUGUACCUUAUUUUCUGCCACCAUGGUAUCAGAACGACGCCCCGCCCCCACCCGAACCACCAUGCUGCCUUAUUUCCCAUGGUAUUACAAGCAUCCCCUCUUCCAGCUGCAUUCUUCCUCAUCAGCAGCAGAUACAGUGGGGUUUGGGUUAGUGAUGCGAGUUCUUGGCUCUCUAUGUUCUGCUCUCUUUCUGUAAGUAGUUCCCUUUUUCUUCCACUCAUUCAUGAAGUAUUAGUUGCAGAGGAGAGAAACCAAUCAAGGUCUAGGAAAAGUCACAAAACGCAAAAAGUCUAGAAGCUGCAACUUUUAUUUUCUUUCUGUCAGACCAAUUAGUUCAAAAGAGCUUUAGAUCAUGUUUUAUUCAUCUCUAUCCUAUUCAGCCUCUGUAUAUAUUCAAAUAUUGAUCGGAAUCAAAUCAAUAUGCAACAAGGGGACUGAUGCACCGCACUCUCCCUAACGUAUAG